UUGUCCGUAAAUGGAUGAGAUCCAGCUGAGCUCCUCCUUCUCUUCCUCUGCUGGUUUACAGCAAUCGUUUUGUUGUCGGAAAUUUUCACCGUGAAAAGUUCAUCUUCAGGACAUACGUUUGUUUCUGCUCGAUGUGACGCUAACACCCUCCUGCUGCCAUCCACACAUCACGGUACCCCCGAAAAGCUGCAGUCGAGUAAAAUGUCUUCAGAGGGAGUAGUGGCAACAGUUGGAGCCAGGUUACAUCGCCUCUCCACCUGGUUUGACCCUGAAACUGCCGGGGUGGUGACCAUCCUCUUGGGGCUCUUCCAGGUUGUGCUGUCAGUCCCCCUCGCGUAUGCUGAGCAUAUUCUGCCAAAACUCUUCAUAAUGCCGAUUAUCUUAGGAGUUCUCAUUGUGACAGGAGGAUCAUUCACCAUGGCCAAUGUGAAGAACCCCAGCAGACAACUGCUUCGAGGUUGUGCCUACAGUAAUGUGCUUGGCCUGCUGGGGACACUGCUUGCCUUCUGCCUGUACUGUUACAGCCUCAGCCUUGUGAAAAACGAAGAUGUGUGUGUGAUCGAUUCCUCAGACCAUUACUACAGACGAGCAUAUUAUGGAUGUCCUGGGGAACUCCUGACUGCUUACUGCUGGAGUUUGAUUCUUCUCUUGGUUCUCUAUGACCUGGUGGCAGUGGUCCUGCACGGCCUUCUGUCUGUUUCUGCCCUCAACGCGCUUAAAACAGACUAACACACACACACACAGAGUGUAACAGCAGCAGGAGGUAGAGAAUAAAGUAUUGUGAGCACUGUCAGCAUGAAACACAAUAAAUCUAAAAUUAUAUUUGACACAGCACAUCACAUCCUCUCUCAGAGAGAGACUGACGGACUCUCAUGUUGUGGCCUUACUUUCCCAGUUAGAGACCAAUGAGGUAUAACACCCACACACUAGGUGAAAAUAAGAUUAUCAUUUUCAUAGCAUCUUUAUAUUGACAAACAUCUACUUAUUGCACAUUUAUUAGUAUUGAUGUAUAUAUUCUGGCUUACACAUAAUAGAACAAAACAGAAAUACCAACUAGGCCUGGGAUAAUUUAGAAACAGCCUCCGUCACAGAAGUCCUCCACUGGAUAGCACUGCAGAGUUGAUUCUCGCACUGUGUAAAAAGUAUGUCUCUAGUUUAUUAUUAACAAACAAAUGUCAAAUCUAGGGGAUCUGUACCAAAAUCCUAUGAUGGUGAUGGUUUUACAUUUUGUUUUUUAGAUUUGACUGUAUUUGAGAAGCAAAUAUUUGUAAAUGCUGAUAAAAGCAUCAGCCGUCAUAACAAAGUAUCCGUUGGGUUAUUUCAAUUAUGUCACACAAAUUGUUUGUCUGCUGUUGGUCUCUGACUUCACCUAAUGAACAAGAGAAAACUAUAACACCAUUCUUACCAGACGUCACACAUUAUAGAAAAGGUUUUGUUUGACAUCGUGGAACACAGCCUACACUUACCUGGUUUCUUGCUGAGACGAGGAGACAACUCUCAUGUUUUGACCUGUUAAUGUGCAUGGAGCAGACGUAGAAGGUUAGUUUAGCAUGAAGACUGGAACCAGGAGGAAACAGCUAGCCUGUUUCUGUUCAGACAAAAAACACCAACUCCACGUAGGAUGUCUGCCACUUGGGUGCAGAAUAUACAUAUAAGAAAAGCAACAUGAUCAUUUUAUGUUUAUAUCUAAUCCCAAUGCCCCCUAUCUUUGAGCUCUGUUUUGGUCUCUAUCAACUUCCUGCCUAUUAAGCUGCUUAAUCCUCCACUGUGAUCACAGAGGUGCCUUUCAAAUAUGGUACUGCGCAGGUUGUAUACAAUUGCUAAUAGAUUGAUGGAUUCAACAGGAUGCCCAUUUAUGGAUUGAACAGGAUGCCCAUCAUGGAUGUCAAGAUGACAUUCAUGAUGGGCAUGAUUAGCUAGUAACCCCACAUCGAUUUUUCAUGCAAACUGAGUUUUCCAAAAAUAUUUGAACUGGCCAAUGAACAGGAAAAGGCAGGGGCAAAAAAAUUUUUAUCCAGAUUAUUUAUGUUAAGAUAAAGAAGAGGAUAAUAACCUACUAAAUGUAUUUUUAUUUCAAUUUUUUCUCUGAAUUUCCAAUCUCCUUAUCUGAAACUGAAAUGCUUGCAAUAAAUUCCGGGAAGUAAUAGCUUAUUGUGUGGUACCUGUACUUGCCUGUAAAGCACCUCUCUCAAAGUUAAUCUUCUCAUGGGGGGAAAUAUGAAUAAUAGUAAAAAAAGAAAUAGUUGAAUCACGGUAAAUCAGUAAACUUACCCUGAAUCUGUGCAUGUUUUUCACACAUAGCAGAUACUUUAAUUGGCUCUUGAUUACUGUGAUUAACCAUAAUCUACAAUUCCCUUUUAAAUUUUGUAUACGUUUUUCAUGAUUUUAUAACAAAUCAAAUUAUCAUUGAGAUAAGAUAGAUCAUCUCUGCACCUCUGUAUUUUUCAACUUAAUUAUCAUGUGGUCCUCGUGUUUUUAACCUCACUAUGUAAGUCAUGGGAGGACAAUUUGACAAACCCACUAAACAUUACAUGUAUUUCCUGCAUGUCUGAAGGCUGCAAUAGAUUACAUGUAUAGUGAACUAUAUUCUGGUUUUGCUCUAAAUGUGUCCUCACUCUGUAUAUAAAAAAGACAUGUCUGAAUCCACUAGUGUUUGAUGUUUAUGAGAAAUAAAGCGCCGUGAAGACUGAUGGCUAUUUUCUA